AGAUUAGAUUUUCGUUAUGGGCCACUGUGCGGUUCGUUACUGACAGUAAAACUCGUUACUUUUAAUCCAUCAAAUAUAAUUUUUACACAAAAUGCUAUAAGAUAAACUUUGUAAACAAAGCGUUGUUUAGGUUUUCAGACUGUCCUUUGUAUUUUUAAAAACUUGUUUACGUCGAGGAGCCAGAGCUGCUGUCGACAGGAGAAGCACUGGCCGGACUGGACCGGGAAAAUCUCCGCUGGUGAAUUUUCUUAUGGUUUGCUCAGAUCUGUAGAUCAGCUGAUGCAGCCAGGUAAGCUGCAGGCGGAUGGAUGAAUGGCUGAGGUUGGACGGAUGCUGGCUGCUUUCUAGUCUAGUUGGGGGAAAUUCUCUGUGUGUCUCAUAUUACACUGCUGCGCUUCGCCCUCCUGCCUCCCUCCAUCGCGGUCGGUCUCCUGCAGCCUGUGAGCGGAUGAAUGCCAACGCCUGUGGUUUUACCGUCGCCAAAAGGACUCAAUGUCUUUCUUGGACUGUUCCUGCAUCUCCCACGCUCAGGUCCAGCCCAUGGACAUAGAGGAGCGCUAUGAGGACACCAGCCACCAGUUCCUGAGCUGUGACGGUUCUGAAUACACUCUGCAAGGGCCGGCAGGUGGAGAUGACAUCACAGGGCUGUCAGCUGAGCCAGCCCACUACCAGCUGCUGUCUGAGCUGGGGAGGGGCUUCAAUAACCUGAGCCAGGUGAGCAUGGCACGGCACAUCCCGACUGGCCAGCUGGUGGCCGUCAAACAAACCAACCUGGAUGAGUGCACGGAAGAGGAGCUGCUGCAGCUCAUGAACGAGGUCCUGCUGUCCAGGCUUUUCCGUCACGCAAACCUGCUGACCUCUCGCCUGGUUUUCAGCUCCUGCUGCCAGCUGUGGGUCCUCACGCCACUCAUGGCUUACGGCUCUGCAGACACCUUGCUGAGGACGUAUUUCCCAGAUGGAAUGAGUGAAUCCCUGAUAGCGUACUUGCUGCACGGGGUGCUGAAAGCGUUGGAAUACCUGCACCGGAUGGGCUACGUUCACCGGGGAGUGAAGGCCAGUCAUAUCCUGCUGUCAGGGGAGGGGCGUGUUUACCUCUCAGGGCUGCACAGUGUCUUCAGUAUGAUGCGUGAGGGGAAGAGGAUGAGGGCAGUGUUCGACAUGCCCCACCACAGUCCCGCCCUGCUGCCCUGGCUCAGCCCUGAACUACUGAGACAGGACCUGCACGGUUACGGAGUAAAGUCGGACAUCUACAGUUUAGGUAUCGUGGCCUGUGAGCUGGUCAGCGGCAGGGUGCCUUUCCAGGACAUGCCGCCCACUCAGAUGCUUCUUCAGAAGCUGCGCGGCUCCCACUGCUGCCUGCUGGAUGUGGCCCCCUUCCCGCUCGGCGAGCUGGGGGGGCUGAAGGUGUCGCGGUCCGGGGUGGACUCCGGCAUCGGGGAGAGCGUGGCCACCGGAAGCCUGACGCACAGCGCCACCGCUCCUCCCACCGACCGACCUCAGAGCCCCGGACCUAAAAACCACUCAGCCACCCUGCACAACCUGGUCCAGCUGUGUCUGCAGCAGCAGCCUGAGCGCAGACCGUCAGCAUCUGCACUGUUGACCCACGCCUUCUUCAAGCAGGUGAAGAGACACACCAGAGACUCCUUCCUCAGCCUCAUGUACCCAGCAGUGCCCCUCACCAGCCCCGAGGACCCUCCAGUAUCCUGCCCCCCCGGCCCGUCCUGCCACGCUCCGACAUCACCCACCGCCGACGCUCCUGAGGCUGUGUGGGACUUCUCCUAACCCCCCCCCACCCCCCCCCCCCCCCCCCCACCCCCACACACCCUCCGACCCCCAACCCCACCCUGUCCUACUCUCUGCCUCUAAAUCUCCAAACUCUGACUAGCAAGCCAAACACAAGACAAUCAAAACAAAGCAAUUGAGGCCAAAUUCUACUGUGCUUUUAUUUUGUAUUAUUAUUAACCCAACUCUCUGAGCCUUUUUUUUUUUUUUUAAGUAGUUUUGUAGAUGUUUUUUUUAUACGUUGGUCUGAUUCAUAUGUGGGCUAGAGUAACUGCAGCCUGGGUACACACUGUGAUCAUCCAUACAACUGCACUUUGCUUUUUCUCUUUACAAGUCAGCGUAUGUUCAGAGUUAAAGUGUCAUAACUUGUCGCAUCAGUGGCGACCGUGCUGACGUGGUCAGAAAGAGUUUUCCAGUCUUUUCUACAUGGAACACACUUCAGACACUUCUCAGCAUUAACACUUCCACUACAUGUGCUCAAACGUAUAUACACAGCUGUGCAAUUUGUGGUUCUGAUCUUUGUUUUCUGUGGUUUUCAAAAAGCCUGUAUUGAUUAUUAAUCAUAUUUGUUUUGUCCUAAUGUUUCUAUUACAAACAUGGGAGUAUUCAUGUUUUUCAAACUUUGUUUAAAUAGGCAACAAGAUUGUUGCUUUCUUAAACUGUUGAAGCCUCUUUAUUAUAUAUAUAUAUAUAUGUAUUAAGGUACGUAGUGUUAUUAGGCCUAAAAGUCUGACUUAAACGUGCUGAAAUCAUUGGUUUACUUUUGUUGUUAAAAGUUUUGAAAGGAUGAUCAAAUCGGAUACAAACAGCAUAUUUAUCGUGCAGAAACUGACAGUUCAGAAUGCCAUUAGAAAGGUGAUUUUUUUUUUUUAUUACAUUAUUUUUCACUCUAUACACAGAUAAAUGGUUGUUCUAGCUAUGUACAAUCACAUGAUGAAAUCAUAGGGUUACAUGACGGAUUCGAUCAAACCAGCAAUAAUAGGGGUAUACAUACGAUGUAAAAUAACAUAAAAUACUUUGGGCAUUUCAGUCAGCUGACCUUUUCCUUCGCCUUGUUCAGAUCACAUGACUAAAUUUACACAGAAAAAGAAGGGUCUGAAUUUCAUAUGUUUGGAUGUUGCAUCGGGACCUGAGCUGUGUUUUCGUAACUU